AACAAAACACAGCUGUGUGUCGGGUUUAUUGCAAGUAGCUGUGGUCAACACCGGCGGCACUGUUGUUUUUUUAACACUAUUUGUAUCCCGGUCAUUACGUCUGGCAGCUUUUUCACUAAAGCUCAAACAAAAUGCCUCAAAGUGCCACAUCCUCAUGUGGAAAGCAGUCGGGCAGCAGCACUUUCACUCGCCGCUAUCGCACACGAGCCCUCACCUCUCAUGUGGAUGAGACCCUCUUUGGGACACCAAAACAGCAUUCUGCUGGUGAUAUGAAAGACGAUCCUGAAGGCGGAAGCGUGAGAUUGAAGACAUGCUCUGCUCCUGCACCCAAAGAGCCAAAUUUAGAGACAGUGCACAUCAUCACUAAAGAGCUUAUCAGGGACCUCAGUUGCCCACUGGGAGCUGAGUUCAGGCGAAUCCUGGUGGAGUCUCAUGUUCCUAGUGAAGAGGAGGAGGCAGCUGUGCUACAGGCCCAACGCCAAGCCCGUGAAGAAGCCAUG